AUGGAGCCUGACUGUCGAAGACCAGAAAUCGAGAUCUUGUACCCACCUACAGCUGCUUUCAGCACAGCAGAUCUGACCGCCAUAUGCUUCAACAGCUUUCCAGAGCAACAAAACACCGAGACAGCUGAGGAUCUAGCGUUCAACUUUACCGUCACCAAUAACUCGCCUGACAUCAAGCUGAACUCACCAAACACUCCACAUGGCAGUGCCGACCUGCUCUUUGCAUCAUGUGUGUUCCGCCAAGAGUUUGAUGAUACUAUGAAGAGAAGCUUCAAUCAAAGAACGCUUGUCUUGGUGUCCCAUCACAACUUUACGUCAUUCAACAACAGAAUCGUACAAGUCAUGACCGAGUCUGGAGUCAUCAGUGACCCAACCACUCUGGAAGGAGCUCAUGCGCAGAUGAACAACUGGUCGCCCCCAUCCAUCGGCCGCCACGAGCUGCCGUUCUUGGGCCGCGUCUUGACGUUAGAUAUUGCACCUCAUCCUUCCUUCCCUCUACAAGGACUUGCAGGUCCGACGCCCUUGGUCGCCGAUCCUCACCCGUCCAUCUACGCCUAUGAGCCGGUUGGUUCUUGGGACACCAUCAUGAAUUUCAUGCCCUGUAUUACCGACCUGUACGUACUUUACGAAAAGCUCGUCCUCUGCGAGUCUGUCAUUGUCGUCGCCAAAUCUCCCCAACUAGCCAGCGAGUCCGUUUCCUCGCUUCUCGACAUCAUCAAGCCCGUCCCUUACGCUGGUGUCGUAAAGCCAUACAUGACCAUGCAAGCAGACUUUUCUAGCAUCGGCAUUGACGGCGGAACACCGCGCCCCUUCAUAAUCGGCAUCACUAACCCCUUCCUACUGAAACGCAUUGUCGCUGCGGCAGAGAAGACCCAAGGCAUGAGACCACACAUACUAUACUUACAGAACUUCGACGGCCCCGUACCCACACGUCGCCACCACUCCCUGCACCAUAAGUCCAGCCGCAACGUGCUCCUCGACCUUCCCGGCGGCGGCAUAGAAGUCCACACGCCCAGCAAGCGCUUCCUGAAAUCCGACUCGGCCGUCAUCAACCAGAUCGAAUCCGUCCUCAAACUCGGCGACCAGACCUGUUCGCUCGGGCCCCUGAUCCGCCGCCACUUCGCAGAACUUACUGCGCAGUUCAUCGCGCCAAUCAACCGCUACCUCGCUACCUCCAACGUCGUGUCUCCCGGCGGGCAUCAGCGGUAUGCGAGCUUCUCCAUCUCAGAGUUCCUAGCUAGUGUAGCCAAACACGGGACGAGUGUCAAGCUGAGGGGCCAGGGACCCAUCCAGAGACACCGCAGCAGAGACGGGCUGUACGCGGCGUUUUGCGGGAGUGAGAACUUCUACAGUUGGUUGGACAUGAAGAUCGGUCUGGAGAACGAAGCCAGUGCGGGGUUGUUGGGGGCUGCUCCGUUGGGCGUCAAGAGCAGCUGA